GCCCCCGUGCGCUCCCGGCCGCGCGGGCGGGGCUGGGGUCGGAGCGCCCGCGUCGCCCUUCUCAUCCGCGCAGUGGGUAUGACUGUCCCCUCUCGGCCCAUUAAUCUGAAAUCAAAGUGUGUUAGUUACGAAACUCCGAGCGUAGUCUUCCAGGAGACCUCGCGCUGCCUCGGUCUCAGCCCCGCGGGCCUCCCUUUAAGGUGCCAGAGGUGAAAAAAAAAGAUGUCAACGUUGUUAGCCAGGUUCGCAAACUUCUCUGAUUGUGCUCUCGCUCACUUGCUGCCGCUGCACUUUUGAUUUUCACAGUUGGGAGAAAAUCCAGGUUUUGAUCCCCGUCAUGGCCAUCACUCAGUUUCGGUUAUUUAAAGUUUGUACCUGCAUAGCAACUGUAUUCUCAUUUCUAAAGAGAUUAAUAUGCAGAUCUGGCAGAGGAAGGAAAUUAAGUGGAGACCAAAUCACAUUGCCAACUACUGUUGAUUAUUCAUCAGUUCCUAAGCAGACAGAUGUGGAAGAGUGGACGUCCUGGGAUGAAGAUGCUCCCACGAGCGUGAAGAUAGAAGGGGGGAACGGAAGUGUGGCCACCCAGCAGAGUGCUUUGGAGCAGCUGGAACCUGACUACUUCAAGGACAUGACCCCCACCAUAAGGAAAACUCAGAAGAUCGUUGUUAAGAAAAGAGAGCCAUUAAAUUUUGGCAUUCCAGAUGGUAGCACAGGUUUCUCCAGUAGAUUAGCAGCUACGCAGGAUAUGCCUUUUAUUCAUCAAUCUUCUGAAUUAGGUGACUUGGAUACCUGGCAAGAAAAUACCAAUGCAUGGGAAGAGGAGGAAGAUGCAGCCUGGCAGGCAGAAGAAGUUCUGAGGCAACAGAAGUUAGCAGACAGAGAAAAGAGAGCAGCGGAGCAACAAAGGAAGAAAAUGGAAAAGGAAGCACAGAGGCUGAUGAAGAAGGAGCAGAACAAAAUCGGUGUAAAGCUUUCAUAAGCAGCCUGCCCCGAGUGUCACAGUGCCAGUAGGAGAAAUCAGCUCUGCAGUCCGCACGACGCUUGUAUGGACUGAAGUGUGUUUUCAGGAUGCAAACACACUGCUUGAUUUUAACGCCUUCAUCAAGCCAUCCGGGACACGCGGAUUCUCCCUCCUUACCUUGGGCUCUCAGUGACUGAGCUCAAAGGGACAGCGAAGACUUGGGAGGUGUUAUUUUCCUUAACGUACUCCAAAUAUAAGACGAUUGUUUGCUGUCCAGAAAUGAUUACAAAUGGGAUAUACUGGUACCUCUGAAGCUAGUGUUUCUAGCUAAAUGUGUAUAAUUUCAUGGUGGAAAAAAGAACCCUGCUAUCAUGCUUUCCUUCAGUGUUCAUAAUUAUAAAAUAAAUAAUUUUAAUACCC